GGGCUGGAUGCUUCGGGACAGCAUCAUCAUGACAACAGAGAAGAGUCCAGCGGCAGACGCCGACAAUUCGGAUCAGCAGCAAACCAAGGAGGAGGAAGGAGCUUCUGAAACACAAAAGCAAGAGGCUUCCCUAGAGGAAGGGGCUCAGCAGACGUCGGAGGGACAGGCUGCAGUGGGGCAGAAGCAGGCGGCCUCCAACGGUGAUACACCCACGCACGAGGAGCAGAGCAAGAAGGAGCGCCGCACCUCCGAGGGCCGGGGUCUCUCCCGCCUGUUCUCAUCCUUUCUCAGGAGGCCCAAGUCUCAGGUGUCAGAAGAGGACAAAGACACUGAUGCUCCUAGAGAGGCGGGAGGUGACCAGAAAGACCCAGGAUUAGGAGCCAGCCCUGAUGAAGACAUCUUGGUGAAAGCCCCAAUUGCAGCUCCUGAGCCUGAGCUCAAAACUGAUCCAUCACUAGAUCUCCAUUCCUUAAGCAGUGCAGAAACACAGCCUGCGCAGGAGGAGAGGAGGGACGACCAGGAGCCGGCGAGCAAAGACCUCGGGGACAAGGAAGGAGGGGAAGCGAAGGAAGAGUGUGCCAAGCCAGAGCCAAAACAAGAGACUCCGGAGACCAAAGCAGAGAAGGAUUUGAAAGCUGCCCAGAAAGCAGUAAAAAGACACAGAAACAUGUACUGCAAAGUCGUCUUGCUGGAUGACACCAUUUUUGAGUGCGCCGUGGAUAAACACGCCAAGGGGCAGGAUCUACUUAAAAAAGUCUGCGACCACCUCAAUCUCCUGGAAGAAGACUACUUUGGUUUGGCCAUAUGGGACACGCCAACCUCCAGGACAUGGCUGGAUCCCGCCAAAGAAAUAAAAAAACAGGUUCAUGGAGGCCCCUGGGAUUUUACCUUCAAUGUCAAGUUUUAUCCACCGGAUCCUGCGCAGCUGACAGAGGACAUAACCAGGUAUUACUUGUGUCUUCAGCUUAGACAAGACAUCAUUACAGGGCGGCUGCCCUGUUCCUUUGCAACUUUGGCUCUGCUGGGUUCAUACACAGUCCAGUCUGAGUUGGGAGACUAUGAUCCUGAUCUACACAGCCCGGAUUACAUCAAUGAAUUUAAAUUGGCCCCAAACCAGACAAAAGAGCUUGAAGAGAAGGUUGUGGAGCUUCAUAAAACAUACAGAUCCAUGACUCCAGCCCAAGCAGACCUGGAGUUUCUUGAGAAUGCAAAAAAGCUGUCUAUGUAUGGAGUUGACCUUCACCAAGCCAAGGACUUGGAAGGAGUGGAUAUCACUCUGGGAGUCUGUUCCAGUGGCCUUCUUGUUUACAAAGAUAAACUGAGAAUCAACCGCUUCCCUUGGCCCAAAGUCCUGAAGAUUUCCUACAAACGCAGCAGCUUCUUUAUAAAGAUUCGGCCAGGGGAACAAGAACAGUAUGAAAGUACAAUUGGGUUCAAGCUGCCAAGUUACCGGGCAGCAAAGAAGCUGUGGAAAGUAUGUGUUGAACAUCACACAUUUUUCAGGCUGACUUCCACCGAGGCCAUCCCGAAGAGCAGGUUCCUAGCGCUGGGCUCCAAGUUCCGCUACAGCGGCCGGACGCAGGCGCAGACAAGGCAGGCGAGUGCCUUGAUCGACCGACCCGCUCCCCAGUUCGAGCGGACGGCAAGUAAGCGAGCCUCCAGGAGCCUCGAUGGAGCGAAACGUGCGACUCAAAAAGUUGAGUUCAGAGCCGUAGAGGAAGAGAAGCAGGAGGAGGUGGUGGUGGUUGAGGUUCCCGAACCAAAACCCAUGGAUCAGAUCCGAGAGAAGCCAGCCAAACACGCUCUUGAAGCUUUUGAAAUGAAACCCAUUGCAGAGGAGGAAGAGGAGGAGGAGAAGGUAGAGGUGGUUAAGGUUCCCAUUGCCAAGCCAAAGUUACCGGAGCCGCUGCAGCCGCGGUCAGCCAAACGUGCUCUUGGCAAUGUUGAGAUAAGCCCUAUUGAAGAGGAGAAGGAAGAAAAAAUGGUGAUGAUGAGAGAACUAGAGCCGGUCCCGAAGGAGUCAGCAGUGGCCGUGAUAACCCCUGAGAGGAGUCCCCGUCCCACCUCUGCCCCAGCCAUCGCUCAGAGUCACGCUGCAGAGCCAGUCCCAGCUAAGCCUGGCGUGAAGGACACGGUCGCUGCAUCUAAAGUAGAAAAGGAAACAGUGAAACACGAUGUGAGACGUGAAGAAAUCCCACCAGAGAAAGCCAAGCCGGAACCAGCCGAUGCAUCGAAGGUGAGGAAAACGCACAUUGAGGUCACAGUACCCACCACGAAUGGUGACCAGCCCCAGCAGCAGCCUGCAGAAAAAGAGGAAGAACUGAUAAGAAUGAGGAAGAAAAGAUCAAAGAGGCUAGAUGGUGAAAACAUUUAUAUCAGGCAUAGCAAUUUAAUGUUGGAGGAUCUAGAUAAGACCCAAGAAGAAAUAAAGAAGCAUCACGCCAACAUCAGUGAGUUGAAGAAGAACUUUAUGGAGUCCGUCCCGGAGCCUCGGCCGAGUGAAUGGGACAAACGUUUGUCCACUCACUCCCCUUUCCGAACCCUCAAUGUCAACGGGCAGAUUCCCAUGGGAGCAGAUGGAGUCAAGAAAGUCACUGUCCUAUCUUCUGAGAGACAGGUUGGUGGGCUUGAGACACAGGAACGUCCUCUGUUAGUACAGGAUGAAGACAAACUAAAAAAGCAGGCGAUACCUCCUGAGACAGCCUUUCCCCGGCAAGCAAGUGAAGAAACUCUUCCAAAGGUUUCUAUUCCAAUUCCUGAAGAGCAGAAAUCACUCAAAAAGUGUCAGCUGUACUCUAGCAUUUUUCCUUCUCCACAUAUUCCCUUUAUGAUGUCCUUUCUCCUGGUCGUAGCACUGACUGUUUGGUGGCUGCUCUUUCUCUGAGUGGCAACAGGGUCAUGUUGAAACCUCAAGACCAAAGCUCCUGAAUUUCUUGUCCGUAGCCUCUGCUGCAUCUUCCUUGUCCUGGUCUUUGAUCUCCGUAGUUCGCUGUCCUGGGGAGGGACAGCCCGCGACUGUCGUGUUAAUCCUGCUGUGUGUCAUUGUGUAGCUCUGAUCCGGGACCUGGCAGGGAGUGGUCAUGGAUUGCCAGUUCCAUUUUGAAGUUUCCUAGUGCGCAAAAACAAAUUCUCUGAACCGUGCUCCUGGUUGCUGUAAGAGGGCAGGCGGGGAGUGUAAACACGUGGGAGGAGACAUUUGCUUCUUCAGCCCCUGGAGAUGCCACAUAGGAGUUGCUGAAGACUUGCUUUUAAGCUUGUUGUUUUAAAAGUUAUAUGUUCACAAGCUGAAGAACAUUUGAUACUGAUCCGACAGAGGCUUUACAGUAAUCUGUUGAAUCUAAUCCAUAACCACUCCUUUUCUAGGAAACUAAGAUUGGUAUUUAAAUAAAAAGUGCUGAUUGUCAAUGCUGCUGUUAGUGUUAACUUAGAGACAGGGACAGGCAAGUUUUCAUUUUCCCAGUGGGGGAAGCUUUUUGCAAAGCAUCGCAGCUUCCUUCUUGCACCCCUAUUCUCGUUUCCAAGAAAAUACGUUGUGUUAUAGGACAAAGCCCAUUGCAAGGAAAUAUUUAUUGUAAACAUAGAUUAAUCGUUUUUCUGAAUCUGGUGGUCUUGAUGCUUCAGAUGUGUUUUAUUUAAUUUGUGUUGAACUAACUGACGCAUGUUUGCUUAGGUCACAGGAAUGGAGUAACCUGCUGUUAGGUACGUCUCCUCUGUUAGCAUGUUGACCUUACCACAUCAGGACACACUUCUAAUGUUAAAGCCAUCGAUUGUUUUGACUUCUCUAACAAAACCCUUGCAUGCCGCCUGUUGUUUAUUGCCUACAAAUGUAAAUGUCUGGAUGAUGCUCACAUUUAUCCGAGUUACCCUGGUUGAGCUGUGUAGGCUCCAAGAUGAGCUGCCCAGCUGGGCUGAGCAGAACUGGUUUGCGAGCUGGAGGGAAGAUGGGACUUUGUGUCUAAGGGGUUUCUUUUCUGUAUAUAGUACUUACAGGACUGAGCUGAGCCAACCGCUUCUCCUUUCGGUAGUAAUCUGCUUUCUGUUGCUUUCUCUGGAGGAUUGGUGUAGACACAGUUACUCCAGAGAACAGCCACCAGUGCCAUCAUUGUUGGGAGCUGCUCCAGCAGCACAGAAGAGAAAGGAGUAGACCUUUAUUACAGGGACUAAAAUGUGUGAAUAUCUAUAAAUACAUGUAUUUAUAUCCCUUUAUAGAUCUGUAUCUGUGUGAACAGUGUUAUUUAGGAAGCUAGCAGAUAAGCUUGCAGGAAGAAGACUUAAAGCAAAUAUGGCAUGUGCUGUCUGAUCUGAAGGGCCGUGGUGUAUCACGGACCACUUGAGCUGCCUCUCUUGCUCUCAGUGUACAGGUUGAGGCUCUCUAAAUGCUGUCUCAGAAACUUAGGUUGCUAGUGAAGCCCUUCACUUUAAUCUUGCAGGAAUCUUUCCAAUUACUCUUGUAACCUGCUCCAAUGAGUUCACCAGUUUGUGCCUUUAGGACUUUGUUUUGUGAGGAUGCUGAUUUUUCAUUAGAAAGUAUUCUUCCCUUUUUAACGCACUGCCUUUAAUACACAGUCUUCCUCUUUCAGCAGUUGGAAGUGUAGAAGUCGCUGGGUGGUGGCGCAGGCGUACCGUGGCGCGAGGGAGAGCUGUCGGCGGCGCGGCCGGCCGGCGUGCUCGGCACAGGCAGCGGACGGACGGUGCUGCUCGCUGGGCUGCGUGCCUGCAUCCUAGGAGCACGCCCUAGAAAGCACUUGAACUCCAGUGAGCUUCAGCGUGAAGUUUAGGAAGACUAUCUGGAGAAGGUGGGCCCUGGAGAGGAGAGGUGGGGGAGGAUGCUGAGGUGCCACAUGCUGUGCAGAAGGUGCAAGAUGGAAGAUGCCUGGGGGAUGCUUCUGGCUGAGGUUCCCUGCCUGAAUCUCCUUCCCAAAGUUGGAACAGACAUGAUGAAAACCAGGGAGUGUUCAUUCUUGCCAACCCGGCGUGGAGAGGGAAGGGACAGGAGUUGGUUGGAUCUUUCUCUGUCCAUUUUCUGUCCAUAUUUCCUGGAGAAGAGCAGCUUAAACACACACCUGCUUCCUUUACAAAAGCCAUCGCUCGGGUUAGCUGCUGUGAUGCUGCUUUGAGCGCAGUUGAGGUUACUGCAUGCUGUCUUUCUGAACUGAUGAUAAGUACUUUGAAGCCAUACCAGUGGCUCUUGCAAAGCUGUGGUUUCUGUAGCUCUAUCAUACCAUUUCUAAAGGACCUGAAGUCUAGAAAUCUUUGCCCAGAGCAAUGUUUGAAUAUAGUGCUCAGGGUAUCAUCGCAGAGUGAUGAGAGAUGCACUCUGUUACUUAAACGCAAUUCUUUAUCUUCUUAAUUAAAACGGUGUCUCUCUUGCUUUUUCUUUUUUUAAAUCUUGAGAUAAGGCUGGGUGUCAUCAGCAAAAAUACUUUGAAACUUUACAUUCUGAGAAUGCUCAGGAACAUUUUGGAGAUUUAUAUAACAAUUAUCACUGCAGAGUAUAAAGAAACUGAACAAAUGCUUUAUAUUUCUAUGGCAGUUUAGAGUCCAGUUAUCUAUAUUCAUCCGGGUGGAUAUGAUCUCUUCCGACAGAGGAAGCCUGUAGCUUAUCAGGAACAGAAACCUCAUCCGUUCGAUGCCGCAGUGAUGUGCCCGCUCUGCUCCAGCCCCUUUGCCAGUCCCUUCUCUGCUUUUAUUCCUCGUUUGCUUGUAAGGCAAAGGAAGUUACAGACCACAUAAGGUCUUGUUCCUGCACAUUAUGUAUCUCGUACACAUUGGUGCUGUGCUGGUUGAUUCCUGGUUUCACCCUUUUCCCUUGAUGUCCCCGCAGGAUGCGGUGCUGAAAGAAGGGAUUUCGGGGUGCCUGCUGUUGUACCCGUGCACCGGGAGAGUUGAUUUGCUGUAGCUUUGUGUAAGGGCAGAGGUCUCAGGGUUUUCGUAGAGGAACCAACGCGUGUACUUUGCUCCCUUUUUUCCUCAGGAACAAACUUACUGGGAAGCACUGGCAGCCCUCCCGGCUGCCUGCCCCGACACUGCCACUGACCCCGAGCGGUGGUGGGAUUGAUGGACCCUGUUUGUACGUGGCUGGUGCCGGGCCAGCCUGUGAGUGAGGGAGAACUGAAUUGUCUCGUCCAAGGGGAAGCUGGAAAUGUCCACAGCACGUAACCUCAUCCAGGUUGGCGUGAGAAAUCCUGAUUUUUCAGUGUGACAUGCUGCAGAAAAUGACAUUUCAAUGACUCUGCCAGGCCGGUGUCAUAGCUAUGAUAAGACUACCAGCAGUUUUGGUGUUUAAUUAGACUUUCCCAGUGUUUCAUGGUGUGGCCACUCGGCUGCAGCAGGGCUCUUUGGUGCUCAUGUGUGAGAUCCACUUAGCGGCUGUUGAGGCUUCAGCGUUUUCCAUCACGAAGUUGGUGGUUUGCUCUGCACUCACUUUCUGAAUCUUCUUACCCUGAUACCAUCUCUUCUCAACAUGAGAUAAAAUGCAGAGUAGAUUCUUGUGCUUUCAUACUUCAGGAAAAGGUGGACGUUAGUAUUUUGAAGCAGCAAGUGUGCCAGAGCUGAUUGCUUCAAAGCCGGAUUCAGCUCUGAGGCUGCGUUAGAUAUCGGGCUCUGUCUGUGAUGAUCAUUGUUGAUAUUCAAGGUGUAGGUUACUGUAAAAUAACAUCCGUUUUUUGCUUUUCUGUUAUUAAAGGUGAACAGACAAAUGAGGGUACUGUCUGCAUCUCCUGCUGUGUGCUGCUUUGCACUGUGGGUCAGUAAGAUGAUGAACUGAGGCCUCUCUGUGGGCAGGUCAGGUUUAGGGUAUGGAGUUAAGCUCAGAUGAGCUCUCCUUCCUUGCAGUUUGUGUGGUAACUAGUGACGACCCUGAAAAGUAGGUAUUCAAUAUUUAUCUCCUAUCCUGAAAUAAUGAGGAGAGGUGGAUUUCCUCGGUGUGGCACCAAAGUUUGGAGGAAUGAGGUUGGGCUGGCCUUGCUCUGUCCAUUCCGUGGGGCUUCUCAGGAAGGUUAUGGGUAAAGUGUUUUUCACUUCACGUAAGAGUCAGUAAUGUGUCACUCUGAGAAUUAUUCCACUGGUUUAUUGGGUUUUCUUUUCUCCUGGCCAUGAGUUAACGGCACCUGUUCUGAUUUACAGACUGAGGUAGGAUGCUCUCUGGAAAAAUUUAGCCCAAAGACAGAUAAUGGAUUCAUUUAGAAACUCUUUAAUCUGCAUUUACCAGGGGGUGACUUUGGAGAACCUCACAAUAGUGGUUUCUCUUGGGUCCCGGUUUGCAUCUGUCCUGGUUUGUGAAGCUGGAGGGAAUGACUAGCCUUGGUUUAUGCCACUUUGGGAUCUUCUACCAGUGGUACAUGUCACAUUGGAUCAGUUUGUGGGGACUAAAACCACUUUCUUUUUUACCUAAAAUGCUCUCUUUUGGAACACCUUUUCGGUUUUGUAUUUUUUCUCAGAUUUUUCUUUGUAAAUAUGUACAUUUAUCAUUAAUAAAUGUUAUUGCAAAUCAGAUUCUUCUUUCCACUGCUUAUUAACAAAAAAGGUAUAUGUGACUUGUGUUAACGACUUCCUGGGACUAACCCUCAGUGUUGCUUUCUCAAAGCAGGAGCCAUCAGACCCCAGGUCAUUACCGCUUGCAUUCAGGGUGUUGGGUCUGCUGGACACUCUCAAGUGUGGGUUUUGUGCUCCUGGGGAGAGGGCACAUGCAAGACUGUGGCUGUAACCAGUGCAUGUUCUCAAACUGUCCAGAAUAAUUUGAUUGAGGAUUAAAUCUAGUUUGGUUCAAGAAAGGCUUUGUUUGCAGAGGGUUCAAAAGGUUCAGCCCUCUAGCAAAUACUUAAUGUAACACUACCAAGUUCUACCUCUUUGCUUCUGAGACUGAAGGACAGGAAAAACAGCUUGCAGAAAGUUGUCCCUGGAGCAGAAGUGUUGCAGGUCCUGCACAAUGCACCUGCAAGAGUCUCUGCUCUGCACGUUGUGUUAAUUUAAGGACACAAAUGUGCCUUUCUGUUUUUUUAAGUGAAGAAACCAUGUUCCUAAUUAACCAGCGCCUUUCUGCUUGGUAAUACAAUGCAAGGCUCUGGUUGGGUUUUAGCUGGUUGAAGCUGCCUGAGGUUGUAUCUAGGGUUGUAUCAAGAGGCAGUCUUUAUUUUAAUUCCCACCUUUUCAUCUGUGAGAAUAUUUACUUCUGGAUAAACAGUUGGGCUCAUCCUGUGCUGUCAUGAGUGAUCACAGGAAAGCAAGUCUGGCUGUGAUUGUGCUGCUGCUCUCCUGGAUGAGGCUGGCACCAGAGCAGAGCUGUAACUUUAUGAAAUAAUGCAAGUGAAAUGCAGCAGCAUAAACUUGAUGUCAGUGAUAAACCCUGAUGGUAUCCCCACUCUUUUCACUUGCUGCUGCUACGCUAAACCGGAGACGGUGUUUGCAAUGCUACUAGCAGCAGCUUGUCUGCAGAGGGAAUUUGGAAUAAGAAGCCUCUCAUCCAAGGGUAUCUGCCCUACAGAAGGGAUGGGAAGGGGAUCAGGAUGGAUGGGGAGAGGAAUCAUAUUGCUCAGCAACCUUAUUUUAAUAAUCUAAGUAUUGAUCUUGAGGUUGUUUCGUGUUGCCAAAUUGUUGAUGCAGUAGGCUGACUGCUGUGUAUCAUGUAAUAUCCUGGGAUUCUUGUUCAUGACAACAGUUUAAUCUUUUUAAGCUUGUAGCAUGAUGUGUAUUUUCUAGCCUUAGUUUUAACUUUGGUGAAAUUCUUUCAUCCUUCUUGAUUUUGACUGGGCUGGUCAGGGUGUUGUGAUCAGAUCAAUGGCAAUUACAAAAUCCAUCCGAAGCUGCGAAUCCGUAGGUAAUGGCCAUCAUUUUCAAAUGCCAGUGUUUGUUGAAUGGCUUCUAAACUGUUUAACUUCUAUCUUUAAGGCAAAGCAGUUCUAUAAGGGGCAGCAGGUACUGUAAAAUAAGGAUCUCUUGUUUUCUGCUUUAUAACACUUUUUACCAAGUGCUUUGACAACUGUGAGAUUGAGCAUCAUUUGAUCUGGGAGUUCUCACUGGUGAGUGUGUUUUGCUGCAAAAGCAACAUCAUCAUCUACUUGUGCAUCUGUAGACAGUCACACCGAGCCUGUCAGCUUCUGUGGAUACGUGUUCGGGGAUAACCUAAUAACACGCACCAGCACGAAGGACGGCAGUGCCGCAGUGGACAAGAAGGGGACUGGGAAGUACUAACUAGCUGGGAUUUCUAGCAUUUAAUGUGGUCAUUGUAGGGAGUUAGUAUGCACUGUAAUUUAAUGUUUUUAUCAAUUUUUAUCAAAUGUCUUUGGUAUUUGGAGAUUGACUUCAUUUUAGUAUUCCUUAAGUUCCCUGCAGGACAGGAGUCUGGUAUGGGAUGAGGGUGGUUGAAUAUUUCUGGGGAGAGAGGCAGCAGCAUGCCUGCAUGGGCUGCAGAAAACGGGGAUCCACUCUGGCAGUUCAGGGCAGCUGGAUCAUUUGAAUAUAUCCUGAUCCAAAGUAGUAGGUUCUUGAAAAAAUACAGAUUUUAUACAAAAACAUUUUUAAAGAAAAAGAAAUCCUUUUGGUCACUGGUAUCAGCCAUGCAAUUAAGCCUGUUAUUAAUUUAUCCCCAUUCUGAAUUACUGUGUGUCACUUUUUACACUGUAAUGCUUAAAUUAAGCUAUAUUGUCAGUAUUUGUCAACAUCAGGUGCACAAAGAUUUGUAUUUAGCAGGGUAAUGUUUUAGUUGCAUUCAUGUCUGGUUCAAUUUGUUUCUUCUGGGGUGCUGCAUCCUGUCCUGUAUUUUCUUUACACUGCGUAUGGCUUGUGCGAAUAGCCUGCUUCGUGUUUGAUUUAGGCACCCCUGGUUUAGUUUUGUGUCUCUGGAAAUGAGUAGUUUGCAGCCCAGGCACUCCCAGGUUUCCUGGGUCUCAAGGAGAGCUUGGAACUCUGCAAAUCUGAGCGCUCGAAAAAGAAAUGCUUUUGUAUUUGCAAAUUAAAAUAAAUCUUGAUAAGAUCAGAAUUCGUAACAGUUGUUCAAAUUCCUAGGGGGUUUUUGGGUUGUGUUUCCUUUUUUUCUUAUACAAAGAUAAUCUUUUCUAGCCUACAUGCAAACUGCGUUUUUAAGUAUAGGAACAAACAUAGUUGUAUUU